GUGCCCUCAUUUUAUCAAAUGUGGAUAGAAAUUUGGUAGCAAUAUUAAAUGUAUGGCUCCGGCAGGCUCCGUUUGCUGCUAGCCAAUGGCAAUGCUACACUCCGAAGAUUAAAAACCAGCGCCGCCUUCUCCGCCACCGCCUCCAUGGAAGUCGAAGUUAAGCUUCGUUUACCCGACUCCGCUUCUCACCAGCGCCUCUCCACCGUUCUCUCUCCCUACCACCUCAAAACCCACGCUCAGGAAAACGUCUUCUUCGACGGAGCCAGCGCCGAGCUCUCCUCCAACCUCGCCGUGCUUCGGCUCCGCUUCUACGACCUCGAUUCCAGAUGCGUCAUCUCCCUCAAGGCAAAACCCGUCAUCUCCAACGGAAUCAGCCGCAUAGAGGAGGACGAAGAGCAACUCGACCCCACCAUCGGGCGCGCCUGCGCGGCGGAGCCAUGGCGGCUACUGCUAAUUGACGGUUGCAGGAUCGUAGAGAGAGUGAAGUCGGAGUAUGAAAUUGGGGAAAAGGGUUUGGUCUGCUUGGGCGGGUUUAGGAAUUUGAGAGGAGUGUAUGAGUGGAAAGGAUUGAAAUUGGAGGUCGACGAGACGCAUUACGAUUUCGGAACGGGUUAUGAGAUUGAAUGCGAGAGCUCGGAGCCCGAAAUUGCCAAGAAUCUGAUUGAGGAGCUGUUAAACAGUAAUGAAAUUCAGUAUUCUUAUUCUGAAGUUUCAAAAUUUGCAAUUUUCCGAUCGGGAAAACUGCCUCAUCAAUAUCAAUAACUAACUUUAAGCUUGUAUUUUCUCAUUUAUAGACAAUCAAACCUACAAAAAGGUUAUUCUUGGCUGAUAUUGAAUCUGGAAAUCAUUUUCACCCCUGAAACCCUAUCACCUUUCACCAUUUCUGCAACCUUUAGUUGAAUUAUAAGUGCUUUUCUCCCUUUCACAUUA